GGGCCGUGGCUACAAGUAGCCGCUGGCUCCGGUUAGAAUUUUUGAGGAAAUUAGCCGUUUUCUUGUAGCCGUCCUUGGUGACGUCGCGUAGUUCUUAUUCACUGGUUUGUCAUUUGAAAGGACAAGCAAGCAUAUCCUGGGAAAGGUGGCUUUUGUGGAGGAGAUAAGCGCUCUAUUCCCUCAUUUCCGUUCCUUUGGCUUUGCUGUUGCUUCUGUCGAGCGCUGUCGUCUUCUGGGGCGCGUAUCGGCGGCUUGAAUUCAAGGAAUGGCAUCAUCCCAGUCACUAAAUGUGAACCAUCGCAUGCAGCGUACAGCAACACUUUCUCGGCAAGUUCUGGAGCGAGCAAAAAAACGGAAAUUGUACUGGUGCCAUCCUUCUCAUCACCAAAGUAGGACCUUUCGGGGAGAGGUUGAUGUUCCUCUUGAAGUUGCUUUUGCUGCAGUUGCUGAACACUUGGCCUAUAUCUCUGCAGUUUGUGAGGAUUACUACUGUUCAGUACCACCAUUUCAGUUUGAUGAGAAUGAAAUUGAACAUAUUUUUCGCUACCACAGCAGGGAAGCAUCUCAAAACUUGCUAAGAGCAUUUGAAGAUGAGGAAAAGAAAAAUGCUCCAAUAGUGAAAAAGCAAAAUGUUUCAGGAGUGGAAAAGCCUGAGCGUCACAAAAUUACUUUUAGUGAACCAACUGCUGUAAUUCCAGCUCAGCCAUCUGUAUCAGAAGAGAUCCUCAUUGACGUGUCACCUGGCUCAUACAUAAUCAAUACAACUUCAUAUGAUGACACAAUCAAAGAAGCACAUCUAGUAAAUGUUCAGCCAGGAAAAAGUGCCAAGUCUGGAGAAUCCACAAUCUUUGAGAUGAUACUUUAUGGCACUUCCAAGCAUCUUUUGCCAGUGUGAUCUACAAUAGAAGAAAACAGGUCAGAAUUGUAUCUGUGGUAUUGAAUAGGAGGGGGGAGUACAAAAUUGGCCAAUUUUAGUUAUGGUGUAUAAUGGUUAUCUUGAUUAAAUAGGCUUUUGUGAGGGAGAGAUGUAUGAAAUAAUGCCCAGAGGGGGAGCUGGUGUGAAGGACUACAGUGAGGUGGCAGUUUCCCAGGAAGACAGGAGCACUUUCCAGAAAGUGAGGGGGGAUGAGACAGGUGGCAGCAUAGCCCUGAGAUGGAGAGGAAAAAGUUGGUAUAGCCACUCUCUAGGAUCUCCUAGGAAUAUCCAAAAGGAUUUAGGGUGUCAAGAUUUUGUCUGUUAU